AUGGCGUCUGGAUCAUCGGGUCGGGCCAACCCAGGCACACAGGGCUUCGAUUUCGCGUCUGACGACAUUCUCUGCUCGUAUGAGGACUACGGCAACCAGGACUCCUCCAAUGGCAACCACAGUGACCCAGUGAUGGGAAAUAAUCCCAGCAAGCAGGAUUUUCAUAAAAGUAGGAUGGCGAGACAAUCAAUGUUCUCUUCUGCUGCCUAUAGCCAGCCGGAAGAUUCUCUCCACCAAGAUGUAAUUGCUACUGUUGAAAAGAGCAUGAAAAAAUAUGCUGACAAUCUCAUGCGCUUUCUUGAAGGAAUUAGUUCACGGCUUUCACAAUUGGAAUUGUAUUGCUACAAUCUUGAUAAGUCAAUUGGUGAGAUGCGUUCUGAUUUAGUUCGUGAUCACGGGGAAGCAGAUUCAAAGCUCAAGUCUCUUGAGAAACAUCUUCAAGAAGUUCAUAGGUCUGUCCAGAUCCUAAGGGACAAGCAAGAACUUGCUGAGACUCAGAAAGAAUUAGCCAAGCUUCAGCUUGCACAGAAGGGAUCUGCUUCAUCAACCCAUUCCCAGCCCAAUGAGGAGAGAGCUUCCCCACCUACCUCUGAUGGUCAGAAGACUGACAACACACCUGAGACACAUAACCAGCAAUUAGCUCUAGCCCUGCCCCAUCAAGUAGCGCCGCCACAACCACAGCCGGUGGCACCUCCCCCACAGGCCCCAACUCAGAAUGUGACCCAACAAUCAUCUUAUUAUUUAUCUCCAACCCAGUUACAAAACCCACCUCCACCACAACAUUCUCAGAAUCAAUAUUUGCCUUCUGAUUCUCAGUAUCGAACCCCCCAAGUGCAAGACAUCCCUAGGGUGGCACCACAGCCAACACAAUCUCAAGUAAAUCAGACACCACAAGUCCAAUCUUUCCCUCAGUAUCAGCAAUUACCACAGCCUCAGCCGGUGCAAUUUCCCCAACAGCCCUCUAUGCAACCCCAGAUGAGGGCCCCAUCGACGACAAAUGUAUACCCUUCCUAUCCACCAGGUCAACAGACAAACCCAUCUCCUCCGGAGGCUGUGCCAAGCAGCAUGUCAAUGCAAGUGCCAUAUUCCAGUAUUCCUCAGCAAGGACCUGGUCGUUCUGAUGCCAUGCCUUUUGGAUACAGUGGAGCUGGUAGACCAAUACAACAGCAGCCUCCACCUCAGCAAUUGAAGGGUGCUUUUGGAGCGCAAUCAGGUGAGGGAUAUGCUGCUGCUGGGCCUCACCCUGCACUUCCUCCAGGGAGUACAUAUAUGAUGUACGAUGGUGAAGGGGGUAGAACUCAUUAUUCUGCGCAAGUGCCUCAUUAUGGAUAUCCUCCGACAAGUGCCUCUCAUCAGACUCCACAGCCAACAACAGCACCGAAUCUUAUGGCUCGGAAUCCACAAUUCAUUCGUAACCACCCUUACAGCGAGUUGAUUGAGAAAUUGGCAUCCAUGGGCUUCAGGAGUGAUCAUGUUUUAAGUGUGAUUCAGAGGAUGGAGGAAAGGGGGGAACCCAUUGAUUUUAAUGCCGUGAUUGACAGGUUGUCAAAUGUACAUUCAUCUGGGGGUCCUCAGAGGGGAUGGUCAGGGUAA